GUUCAGACAUAAUUGACAUGGCGGAAUCUCCCCCUGAUUGCGCUGCGGUGGGCAGACUGACUGCGGAUUGCCUAACUUAUAUCUGGUAAAAAGUGGGGCUCUGGAGUUUGUGAAGAUUAUUUUAUUGCAGCAAGGAGGGCAGUCCAGGAAAUUUCUCCAUGAAUGUACGUCACAAUGAUGAUGACAGACCAGAUUCCACUGGACCUGCCCCCGCCUCUGCUCAACGGGGAGUGUGCCCUGAUGCCGCACAUGGUUAAUGGAGAUGGGUCGCAGCAGGUCUUUCUCGUCCAAGUCAACCCUGGAGAGACCUUCACCAUACGGGCAGAGGAUGGCUCCUUGCAGUGCAUCCAAGGGCCUGCAGAGGUUCCAAUGAUGUCACCCAACGGCUCCAUUCCCCCCAUCCAUGUGCCUCCAGGAUACAUCUCCCAGGUGCUGGAGGACAACACUGGGGUUCGGCGGGUGGUGGUCACCCCCCAGUCCCACGAGUGCUACCCCCCCAGCUACUCCCCGGCCAUCUCCCCGACCCACCACCUGCCCCCCUACAUGACCCACCCCCACUUCAUCCCCAACUCGCACACGGCCUUCUACCCGCCCGUCAGCCCUGGUGACAUGCCCCCGCACCAGUACUACCAGCAUCACCUCCCACCCAUGUAUGGAGAAGAAAUCAUUCCAGUGUACGGCAUGAAUUACAUCAACCGGGAAGAGCAGUACAGCAAACCACAGCCCAAGAAGAUGCCCAAGGAGAGGCAACUGGACCGGCAGAACCGCCUCAACAGCCCUCCCGCCUCCGUCUACAAGAGCACCAUGGGCUGCAACAGCAUGUACAACGGCUACAGCAAAAGCCAUGGAGGAGGAGGAGGAGGAGGCGGAGGAGGCGGCAGUCCCAGUGCCAAGAAGAGCAACCGGGGGCCACGCAGCAGUCCGAGAAGCAGCGAACCAGACCUCCAAGACCCUGACUCAGAAGCGAAGCGCGUUCAAGACAUGCUGUCAGGAAUGGAGAAACCGCAGAUCUCUAACAUCCAGGCAAGGACGGCUCGAUUUACUUGGGCUCCCCCGGCGGGCCUGGUGAACAGGGACAGACACAGCAAUGGCCACCCAUACACCUGCACGUACGAGGUCACGCUGUCAGACAAGGGCCGGGACGGCAAGUACCGCCUCAUCUACAGUGGAGAGGAGUUGGAGUGCAGUUUGAAAGACCUACGACCUGCAACAGACUACCAUAUAAGAGUGAACACCAUGCAUAACUCAGCGAAAGGCUCGUGCUCGGAGGCAGGAGCGUUCACCACCCACAGCAGCACCCCUGACUGUCCCUUCCCCCCCAAACUCUCCCACCGCACUAAGAGCUCCCUCACGCUCCAGUGGAAGCCUCCUGUCGACAAUGGAUCGAAGAUCAGCAACUACCUUUUAGAGUGGGACGAGGGCAAGAGGAACAAUGUUUUCAGAGAAUGCUACUUUGGGAGCCAACGGCACUGUAAACUGACUCGUCUGUGUCCGGCCAUGGCGUACACGUUUCGAGUGGCUGCGCGGAAUGACAUUGGCAUGAGUGGUCUCAGCACCGAGGUGGUGUUCUACACGACUGGAAGCCUUCCCCAUCUGCCGCACGCUCCCCGGCUGGUGCGAGCCGGCAUCACCUGGAUCACGCUGGAGUGGAACCGGCCCGACGGCUGCUCGGCCGAGGAGCACAUGGCCUACACGCUGGAGAUCCAGGAGGAGAACAAAGGAACCGAGUUUCACCCAAAGUACACUGGAGAGAACUUGACCUGUACUGUUGAAGGGCUGAAGAGGAGCACACAGUAUAAAUUCCGGCUGAUUGCGUCUAAUGUGGAGGGCCGCAGCAGCCCCAGCGAGGUCCUGGUCUGCACUACAAGCCCCGACAAACCUGGUCCCCCAUCUAAGCCCUGUGUGAAGGGAGCCAUCACACCUUACAGCUUCACAGUGAAAUGGGAUCCUCCUCAAGAUAAUGGUGGCUCAGAAAUCUUGACAUACCUCUUGGAGAUUUCAGAAGGCAGUUCUGAUGCCAACCAGUGGGACAUUGCUUACAGUGGGCCAGCCACAGAGUGUGAAUGUGAUCACUUGAAACCUGGCACUUUGUACAGGCUUCGCAUCUGCAGCAUCAGCACCGGAGGCCACAGCCAGUGUUCUGAGAGCCUGCCAGUCCGCACACUAAGUGUGGCACCAGGACCCUGCCAGGCUCCGCGUGUCAUCGGCAAAGCCAAACACAAGGAAGUGCAGUUACAAUGGGAGUGUCCGUCCUCUGAAGGCUCUUGUGAAGUGACUGAGUACAGUCUGGUGAUGAGCGAGGGGGAGGCGGAGCCUGCAGAGGUGUACCACGGUCCGGAGCUGGAGUGCACAGUGGGCAGCCUGCUCCCCGGCGCCACCUACAGCUUCCGCCUGCGCGCCACCAAUGAGGCCGGGUACGGACCUUUCUCUGAAGCCACGGAGGUGACGACCGCCGCUGGGCCCCCAGGCCAGUGUGGGGCCCCGUCUCUCACCCUCACAUCCAGUACUUGUGUCCUUGUGAGCUGGGAGAGUCCAGAGACCUCGGGCGCAGACAUCGCAGAGUACCGCCUGGAGUGGGGCCAUGACGAAGAGCCCAUGGAGCUGAUUUAUUGCGGCAGUGACACUCAGUGUGAGAUCUCUGACCUGGCCCCCGCCACGCAUUACUGCUGCAGGCUGCAGGCGGCCAACCAGGCUGGCGCGGGUCCCUACAGCGAGGCUGUGAGCUGCCACACGCCAGCCAGCGCUCCGGAGGUGGUGUCGGGGCUGUGCGUGCUGGAGCAGGACCCCACAGGCUGCGGGGACUACUCGCCCUCCACCUGCUUGGCCCUGCGCUGGGACGAGCCCUGCUGCAACGGGGCUGAGAUCAGCAGCUAUGAGCUGCACCUGGGGGAGUGCAGAAUCAGCCUGGACGGCACCACCACCUGCCAUCUCAUCCAGCAGCUGCAGCCCGACACAGAGUACAGCAUCCAGAUCCAGGCUCUAAACGAGGUGGGCAAUGGUCCUCUGAGUGCCCCUCUGGUGGCCUGCACCCGGCCUCUGCCCCCCGCGCCCCCCCGGCUGGAGUGCGCUGCCCCCGGGCCGCAGAGCCUGAAGCUGCGCUGGGGUGACAGCAGCAGCAGCAGCAGCAGCAGCAGCAACAAGGCCCUCCUGAGCGCGGAGCUCAUCUACAACCUACAGAUGGAGGACAAGACCGGCAGGUUCCUUACCAUCUACCGCGGGCCCAGCCACACGUACAAGAUGCAGCGGCUGGCCGAGUCCAGCUCCUACUGCUUUAGGAUCCAGGCAGUUAGCGAGGCAGGGGAGGGCCCACACUCUGACACCUACAGCUUCACCACUACCAAGUCUGUGCCCCCCACACUUAAAGCUCCCAAGGUGUGCCAGCUGGAGGGUAACAUGUGUGAGGUGAGCUGGGAGGGUGUGUCCCCCAUGAGGGGAGACCCCAUCAGCUACACCUUACAGGUGCUCAUCGGGAGAGAGCUGGAGUACAAACAGGUGUACAAGGGCGAGGAGACAUCCCACCAGAUGCUCCUGCAGUGUAACACAGAGUACCGUUUCCGCGUGUGUGUGUGCCGCCGCUGCCAGGACAGCUCCCAGGAUCUCUGUGGCCCCCUCAGCCCGCCCUCACUCUUCACACCGCGGCGCCCCGAGCCGACCCUGCCUGGGGACACCGCCGCAGCGCUCGUGGUCGCCCCCACCGGCAUCAUCUCUACGGACGAGCGCUUUGCAACGGUUAUCGUUUGCGCCUUCGCCGCCUUCUCCAUCCUCAUCGCCUUCAUCCUCCAAUACUUCUUUAUGAAGUGAUAGAGCAACAGAGAGGGAAAGCACAAAGGGGGAAAGAAAAAACAAACAAACAUUUCAGAAAGUAGCUCUUCAGAGAGAUAUAAGAAGAAAUCAUCAAACACUUGGAGAAUAUGUCUGACGCUACCGGUGUAGUCCAAGUUAUGUAUUCAGGCUUGUUACUCUUUUUGACCUGCACAUCCUACUCUUCUUCUUCUCCGUGACUCUUCUCUGUCCUCACUCGUUUGCUCUCUCUUCUCUUCUCUGUCCUCACUCGUUUGCUCUCUCAUCUCUUCUCUGGAUUUGCCACAUCCACCAAAGCCUUUUACAUCUGCCACCUCAUCAUGAUUAAGAACAUAAACUCUGAUAUAUCAAGCCUUAAAAAUAGUCUUUUAUCCAAAUGAUUUGCAUGUUCUUUUUUAAAUCCAUGGUGUGCAACUAGGAAAUGUAAUGUUCUCUAUACCUUUAUGGCCUUGUAUGUGUUUUUCUCACCUAGUUUGCUGCAGACAUUAUCUGCCUUGUUACAGCCAUAUUCAAGGGUAGGCGUCACAGCUUUAACAUGAAACAUUGAUCGUAGUUUGAUUUCGUCGUUGAUCUUUAAAUGAUGUUCUUUGUACUGUUCUAAUGUUUUGGUUUGUUUUUUUAACAAGAGAGAUCACAGUGUUCAAAAGGAAACCAACACUAAUGGAUGGCUCCAACCAGGCAGUUUGGCCUCUAGAACAUGUAGCAGCUGAAUUGAUUGGUUGAAUCCUCCCCAUGAGUCUCAUUUCAGUCAGAGGGCUAGUCUGGAGCUCCUGCAUUGGAGCUGCCAAAGCAAAGUUGCAAAUCUGUGUGUGGUUAUCGUAAUGCUGCUAUCAUGUGUUUAUAUAUAUAUAUAUAUAUAUAUAUAUAUAUAUAUAUAUAUAUAUAUGAAUAUAUAUAUCUCCAAGGAAAAUAUCCAGUUAUCUAAUAAUAUUUAAUAUAUAUCUAUAUAUAUAAAUCUUUAAACACAAUUUAUUAUGAGAAAUAUUGGGUUUGAAGUAGGCGUCUCAUAUGAGUCGGCUCACAUACUUUGGUGCUUUUUUUUGUUUUGUUUGUUUUUGAAUCUGUGGUCAGUAGUGGUGCAGGUGAUGCAUGGGAGGUGGCUGUUCCAUAUGCAAGCCAUUCAAUUACUGCCACCCCACCACAGAAGCCUGACUUGUGAACGGGCGAGCCCUGGAGCUUUGUCAGGCUCUGCCCAAAAUUUGACUGGCAGUUGGUGACUCUGCUACUGUCACACCAGUCCCAAACCUUCUUGUUUCAUUCUGCUUAUCGGACCGAAGCUGCCAGGCCCAAGAGGUUCAGCUGCUCCAGUUGCUAAUCUUCCUCUGGAGUUAGAGCUCAGCACUCUCACUACAGACCCAGGGACCAUGACGACUGUUGAAUGACUCGUGCCACAACAAAUCAAAUCAAAGCAAAUCAUUACUCGUAUCGCUGCUGGCUGCUCUGUGAAUCAUGAUCUGUCAUUGUGAGACCCCUUUCUUUGCCUUUUUUCCCAUUUUGCAGUGUUUUAUUCCUCUGUUCCUCUCUUUCUCCCUCUCUCUCUCUGUCUCUCUGUACCACUGUUGUUUCAGUAUUCUGUUCAAUCUCAAAGAUGCUUUCAUGACACAUUGCAGCAGUCAAACCCCCCUUGAUCUUCAAACCCCAACCAAGAACCUUAACAUACAUGCCAAACACUAUUGGGGGGACAGGGCCAUGCAAUGAGCUUCAUUAGCCAAGGUACAAAAAUGAUCAGAUUCAACAGAUCCAAAGAUAGCCUCCGAUACCUGCAGAUGUCUUUCUAGCAAGGGGAAAAAAAGAAGGGGAAAUUGUCGGGGUGCAGGGCUAGUAAUGGUCAGUAAGCCUCUCCCUCAUUCCUGACUGACAGCAUGUAUCGUACCUCAGGGACAUGGACUUUCAAGAGGUGAAGAAAUGAAUCCUUUGUUACCAGGAGGGUGCUGCAAACACUAUUGUGUUUUUGUUUGUUUUUCUUUUUGUUCUGCCAUCACGGUCAUCACUCUCAGUUUUCCCAAUAUGCCCUCUUCUUUCUACAUUUCUUCUUGCCUAAGCUGUGCCUUGCUCCUUUGUGUCCUUAAGCAGAAUCGUUUACUAGCUCAAGAUACCUUUGCCAAAGUAAAUGGGAAUCUAAGGUAUAAUUCUUUUAGUUUUAUUUAUACUAUAUAUUGCAUUCAGUACUUUAAAUGCCAAUUACAGUGCAAUCUUCAUUUAUUUAUUUUUUUAAAUUUAAGAGACAAAUGUAGUUAUGUACUAAUUUUUUUUUCUCUCUUGUAGCAUGUUAUUUCUGUUCGUUUUUGAUGUAUUAGAUUCGUGAUUAAGGCCAGCAUUCCUAAUAAUAAUAAUAAUCCUUUGAUGAUGUUUCUUUCAGUAAUUUGGUACAUGUAGCAAGCAACAUGCUGAUAACAUUUACAUUUACAUAUAACCAAAUGCCUAUUCAUCACCUUUCAGAUAAGUGCUGUACUAUCAGCCUGUUGUAUUUGCAUAUAGAGUUUGUAGCAAAUGUUUAACCAGGUUAUGGUGUUCUGUAAAGGAAUAUAAUUCGCUACAUUUUGUUAUUGCUUUAUAGUGUUAUGAAGCUUAUGAUAUACUGUUUGCCAAAGCUGAGGCCUGUCCACCUUACCUUUUUUCUUUGUUUGCUGUUUAUUUAAAGGGUUAACUGACAAAUCCUUUGUGACUAUAGAGCAUUAUUAUCUUGAAAGAGGAAAAUGUUAACUUGAUCUGUGAUUACACCUUUUUUUCUUUUUGUAGAGAAAAUUGUGCCAUUUAUUUGUGUAACCCCUUUUUGAGGUGAGGUUUUAUGUACAAUUUCACGCUGAAAGGUCAGAGAAACAAUCAAACUGUAUUUUGAGUAAGUACUUUUUUUCCAUACAUCAUAGCUCAGUAGGGAACUUAUCCAGUAUUUUGCUAAGGAAUGAUAUAUAGAGUUAUAUUAUAGAUAUAUUAUAUGUCAACUAACAGAAAUGAAGCACUUUUAAAAAAAAAAAGCUAAAUAUUAGUCUUCAUAAAGUUUAUCAUGAUCAAAUUUCAAUUAUUUCAAGUGAUGCUUUCCCUCAUAAAAAUCAAGUUGCUGCAACAAAUUUUAAAAAGCAUGAAUAAGCUGGCCAUAACAAAUAGAAGGUCAGAUAAAUCCGUAAUGUCUAAAAUAUCUCUAAACCUAAUACCAUCAUUAUUGUUUGCAUUCAUCUCAGUCUAUCUAUAAGGUCUUCGUCAAAUUAUGUGUUAAGAUUAACAAAGUGCUUAGAAUUUUAAGCAAAUGGUUUUCAGAGACCUAACAUUUUUUUACCCAACAAUUUUUUUGCUAUUUUUAUACCAUUGUUGAAUUUUGUUUGAAUGCAAAAGUAUUGAUUCUUUUUUUUUUUAAUCGUAGUUUUUCCAAACUCCCCAAAGUGGACCCUGGUAAAUGUAUAGAGUAAAUGUAUUGAACUAUUUUCCAAAAACGUAAAAAUGUAUUUUAUACCUCACAGUUUGAAAAAAAUGAGAAACAUUCCAAGCUUUUCAUGGUCUACAAUUUCUAAGAAUCAUACAUUUCUUCUUGUAUUGUAAAUGUUAAACAAUUUCAUAUGCAUUAUAAAAAAAAAAAACUGCCAUAUCAAUUUUAAUGUAUAGAUUUUUGCAAAUACUACCCAAUGUAUGUAAGACUCUGUAUCUGUAGCUUAUAUGUAAUAUAUUUAUGCCCAAUAAAUGUUUUAAUUUUUUUUUCUGAUUUGGAAGAA